AUGGAGAGCCAGUCGCAAGGCUCGAGCAGCAGCGACUUCGUUCGCAAGCUGUACAAAAUGCUCGAAAACCCGACCGACGAGAACGUUGUACGAUGGGGAAACGACGGAGACAGCUUUGUGGUGCUGGAGAACGAGAAAUUCACGAAGCACAUCCUGCCGAAGCACUUCAAGCACAGCAAUUUCGCCAGUUUCGUGCGCCAAUUGAACAAGUACGACUUCCACAAAGUGCGCCACAACAAUGAAGAAAAUGGUCAGUCGCCGUACGGGCCUGGGGCAUGGGAAUUCAAGCAUCCGGACUUCAAGAUGAACAACAAGGAUGCGCUGGACAACAUUCGUCGGAAAGCGCCUGCGCCGCGCAAAACAAACCAGCCCAGCGAAGAGAUGAUCAUUCCCGCGCAACAGAUGGACAUGAUGAGCAACCAGUUGGUCGCAACGCAGGCACAGCUGCACGCACUCGAAAGUCGCUACAACGAGCUCAGCAUCCACCAUUCCAUGCUGCUUCAAGAGGUCAUCGGACUGCAAAAGACGGUUGUCAACCAUGAGCAUGUGAUGCAAAAUGUCAUGACCUUCCUGCACAACGUCGACGCCCAACGGCGGCGCGACAGUAGAGUCGCGAACCCCUUUCCCUCGAAUGGGAACCAAACGCAGAAUGGGAACGUGGAUGGUGCGCAAAACCAGUCUGCCGAGGAUGACAUUCCUGCUUCACCUCUGCAGCACGCUUCUAAACUGUUGAGCGAAACCAAUGCGGAUGUUAUGCUGAACCCUAGAAACCUGGAACACAUGAACGAAAUCACGAUGCGGAUGAAUGGAACACUCACAACGCCCCCACCUGACCUCAUUCGAAGUGUGAGACCCGCCAGUCGAGGGCCCCCGUCAGCCGGCAGCUCUACCAACUCGAUGCGACUCGGUGAUAUCGACAAUCUGGUGUACCCGGUUGGGCAAACGAACGGAAUUGACCCCAUGUAUAGCGAACACAUCAACAACAUUCCCUACAGCAUGCCGCCCAAAGCAGCCGAUCCAAGCAACCCGCAGUUCCAGGAAACUCGGAAGAAGAGUGCUCAAGUUGAUCCAGGAUGGGUGCGCCAGCCCCAGAUUUUACUUGUCGAAGAUGAUCCAACUUGUCGUCGCAUCGGCAGCAAAUUCUUGUACGCAUUCCAUUGCUCCAUCGACAGCGCGCUCGACGGGUUGGAAGCAGUGAACAAGAUGAAUGCCGGAUCAAAGUAUGAUUUGGUGCUUAUGGAUAUAAUAAUGCCCAACCUAGAUGGUGUUUCCGCAUGCCAUCUAAUCCGGCAAUUCGACAACACACCCAUCAUCGCCAUGACUUCAAACAUUCGAAGUGACGACAUCUCUAUGUAUUUCCAACAUGGCAUGAACGAUGUUCUUCCAAAGCCAUUCACCAAGGAGGGUCUACUACACAUGUUGGAAAAGCAUCUUGCGCAUUUGAAGAAACCUCUUUCGCACAUGGACGGUGGCAUGGUAGCGCCUCAGCCUUUAGCUUCGACACGACAGGUAUUGAAAGAGGAGGAGUCUCCGGCCAAAUCCCCUGCGACUGCCACCUGGAACUCGCCAGCACCCGUCCCCGGAGUCUCUCCCGUGGCCGCGACCGGCAUGUCGGAAGAGUACUUGAACGCGGUGCACGCAAACCCUGCAGCCUACGCUGUGCAAGGAGUACCGGGGAUGCCACACGGCAACCCUUAUAACACGUCUCCCCAAAUGCCGAUGCCUGGCCACCCACAACAGCAGGCUGGACACAGAAGACAGAUUUCAGACAUAUCCGGGGGUGAAAAUAUGAACAAUCCGGCAAAACGACAGCAAAUGUAUGCCAAUGCUCCGUUACAGCCGCAGCCCAUGAAUCCAAUGCAACGGCCGCGCUGA